UUCAUGCCUUGACCAACUCUCUCUAUUCUAUUCUAUUCCAGGCUUUAUCCAUUCCUUCACUUUCUUUGCUACCCCAUGUGCUAAAAAGCAAAUUCUCCUUUACUUACCCUUCCUUUCUGUUCCUUUCCAAUUCUCAAAUACAUUUUGGCUUUUAGUUUAGUUGUAUCAGCAUAGAAUUAACAAGUAAAGCAAAUCUCACUUUUUCUCUCUAUCUUUCCUCUUCUGGUAUUCCAUUCUAAAGAAAUAUAUAGACUCAGAUGAAAAAUGAAGAGUUUUGGAGCUGAUCUUGAAGAAUAUUAGCUAUGAUCUUUUCCAGCAUAUGAGUUGAUAAAGAUCAGAUUUCAGGAAACAAGCUCAGAUAAUUUUCUGCUGCUGCCAUGAAGGAGUUUCCUUCUUGUUUUGGAGAAAAUGGUGUUCAGGUAGUAGAUUCCUCCUAUUCAAGCACCACAAGGGGAGCUCAAAAUGCUGUUACUUGUGUAUAUCAGUGUAAGUUAGGAGGCCGUUCAUGCUUGAUCACUGUCUCUUGGACCAAAAAUUUGAUGGGACAAGGCUUGAGUGUGGGAAUAGAUGAGUUGGGCAAUCAUUGCCUCUGCAAGGUUGACAUAAAGCCGUGGCUGUUCUCAAAAAGGAAAGGGUCAAAGAAUUUGGAGGUUGAGUCUAAUAAAAUUGAUAUACUUUGGGACUUGAGCUGUGCUAAAUUUGGCUCCGGGCCAGAACCGUUGGAGGGUUUUUACUUAGUUGUUGUGUUCAAUCAAGAGAUGGUCUUACUCCUAGGGGAUCUGACAAAGGAGGCAUGCAAGAAGAUUGACAGUGACUAUGCUUGUGCUCACUCUGAAGCCGUUUUUAUUGCAAAGAGAGAGCACAUUUUUGGCAAGAAGUUUUAUGGUGCAAAGGCUCAGUUUUAUGACAAAGGCCAGGUGCAUGAUGUGAGAAUUGAGUGUGACACACUAGGGCUUAAUGAUCCAUGUCUUGUGAUUAGAAUUGAUAGGAAGACAGUGAUGCAGGUGAAGCAACUCAAGUGGAAGUUUAGGGGCAAUCACACCAUCGUGGUGGAUGGAAUAUCCGUGGAAGUGUUUUGGGAUGUACAUAAUUGGCUCUUUGGAAAUGCUAUGGGAAAUGCAGUUUUUAUGUUCCAAACUUGCAUUUCAACUGAGAAGCUGUGGUCAAGCCAAUCUGUUUCUGAUCCUUCUGUUCCCACAUGGGCUUAUUCUCAGCAGUUCAGGGAUUCCCAGUUGCAAGGUCUUGGAUUCUCUCUCAUUUUGUAUGCUUGGAAAAAUGAGUAGUCGGUAUAGGACUUAUAAUUAUAUCUUAUUCUUGAGUGCUAAACUGGUAUUGCCAGCCACACAGUUUUCUACAAUCUUGUUAUCAGAUUACUUGAAACUCAUAAACUAAUCUCUUUCUUUGUUUUAUUAUUUUCUGUUUCGUUUAAUUAGUUAUUUGGUUUCUAUGUCUUACAAAUUUUCUAUCUUUACGCUUUAAUCCCUAUAGGUGUAUUUUUUAUUCUGAUUUAGUCCCUACAUAUACACUUCUUAAUCUAUUUUAGUCCCUAGAUAAAAGCAUAUUAAAAAGUGUUGUGUAGGGAUUAAAAUGAGUAACUUCUAUGUAUUGGGACUAAAACCCAAAGAUUAUGUAAGCUUAAGAAUCAAACAUGUCAUUAAAUC